CACUUCACAGCUGACGAUGACAUCGACAUGGGGGUCAGGGGAAACUGAGUGCCAGGAAGGGCUUGACAUUUAGAAAAGUAAAUUACUAAGCACUUUUUUCUCAAUAUGAACCAACACAGGAAACAGGAUCGGAAAUUUAGGUAUUUUGGAAGUUUGGUCUGAGAAUAUAAAAGGAAGCUGAAGGUAUGGGGUGUUUGUACGAGCCUGCUCUCCUAAGCAAUCUGAUUGCAGAGUUAAGAAAGCUGCUUAGCACAGGACUGAAGAUGGUUUGCUACAGAGUCUGCUUGUGGUCUGUCUCAGCCGUGCUGCUGCUAUUGAGUGACUUUGUUCAUUGCAUAAAGAAGCCUUGCCAGGAUGAAUGCUGUCAAUAUAUUGAGAGAUUUCCUGCAAAGCUGAGGGAACUGAGGGGUGCUUUCAAGAACAUUAGAGAGUAUUAUGAAGCCAAAGAUGAUAUCUUUGAAACUGCUCUAAUAGAUGAGAAUCUGCUCGACGGCUGCAGGGGGGGGGGGGGGGGGGGGGGGGGCUGUACUCAAUGCCUGUCUCCUAUAUUGCAGAGUUCCUUCGGUUGUCAUUUGAUGAAUCAGAUGCUGCAUUUUUACUUGAAGGAUGUAAUCCCUCCAGCUGUCAAUCUGGGUCACACUGACUCUAUGAACAUCAAACCUGCUGUCGACAUGAUAGGAGGAAUACUCCAUGACUUCAAGCACACCCUAAAACGCUGUAGAAGAUUCUUUUCGUGCAACAAGAAAGGCUUCAGUUUGGAAGAUUUAAAGAACCAGUUUGGAAAUUUGCAGGAGAAAGGGGUAUAUAAAGCAAUGGGGGAACUUGGCCUUUUCUUUAACUAUAUUGAAGAGUAUUUGACAGCAAAGAGACAUCACUAAGGAUCUACCUCAGCUCUCUCUUGACCGCACCGGGAACACGAUCUGAAUGUAGCAUCUUCAGGAGUCUCGAACGAUGGCCUAAAACAAAAACUGCCCUUUAGGUAAAAAUGUAGAGAACGACAGAAGCUGCUGUAAAACAGUGGCUUCUCCAUAUACUACAUGGUUAGAUAAUGUUUGGUUUUUGCUCCAGGCUGUCAAUAUUUAAUAAACGAUGUCCUGCUUAUCUCA